AUGGCAGGGGACCGACUCCCUCGGAAGGUGAUGGAUGCCAAGAAGCUGGCCAGCCUCCUGCGGGGCGGACCUGGGGGACCGCUGGUCAUCGACAGCCGCUCGUUCGUGGAGUACAACAGCUGGCACGUGCUCAGCUCAGUGAACAUCUGCUGCUCCAAGCUGGUGAAGCGGCGGCUGCAGCAGGGCAAGGUGACCAUCGCCGAGCUCAUCCAGCCGGCCGUGCGCGGCCAGGUAGAGGCCACAGAGCCACAGGACGUGGUCGUCUAUGACCAGAGCACACGGGACGCCAGCGUGCUGGCCGCGGACAGCUUCCUCUCCAUCCUGCUCAGCAAGCUGGACGGCUGCUUCGACAGCGUGGCCAUCCUCACGGGGGGCUUCGCCACCUUCUCCUCCUGCUUCCCUGGCCUCUGUGAGGGCAAGCCAGCCGCUCUGCUGCCCAUGAGCCUCUCCCAGCCCUGCCUGCCUGUGCCCAGCGUGGGCCUGACCCGCAUCCUGCCUCACCUCUACCUGGGCUCGCAGAAAGACGUCCUGAACAAGGACCUGAUGACCCAGAACGGAAUAAGCUACGUCCUCAAUGCCAGCAACUCGUGCCCCAAGCCGGACUUCAUCUGUGAGAGCCGGUUCAUGCGCGUCCCCGUCAACGACAGCUACUGCGAGAAGCUGCUGCCCUGGCUGGACAAGUCCAUCGAGUUCAUCGAUAAAGCUAAGCUGUCCAGCUGCCCGGUCAUCGUCCACUGUCUGGCUGGCAUCUCCCGUUCCGCCACCAUCGCCAUUGCUUACAUCAUGAAGACCAUGGGCAUGUCCUCAGAUGAUGCCUACAGGUUCGUGAAGGACCGGCGCCCAUCCAUUUCGCCCAACUUCAACUUCCUGGGCCAGCUGCUGGAGUACGAGCGCCGCCUGAAGCUGCUGGCCGCCCUGCAGGGAGACGGGGCGCCCCACCCUGGGACACCCGAGCCCCUCCCGGGCCCCGCGGCCCCACUGCCGCCGCUGCCACCACCUACCUCAGAGAGCGCCGCCACCGGGAGCGCAGCGGCCGGUGCGGCCCGGGAGGGCGCGCCGGGCGCCGGUGGGGAGCCGCCCGCACCCGCCGCCGCCGCCGCCCCGGCCACCAGCGCGCUGCAGCAGGGCCUGCGCGGCCUGCACCUCUCCUCCGACCGCCUGCAGGACACCAACCGCCUGAAGCGCUCCUUCUCGCUGGACAUCAAGUCGGCCUACGCCCCCAGCCGGCGGCCCGACGACCCCGGGCCCCCCGCCCCCGGGGAGGCCCCCAAGGUGUGCAAGCUGGACAGCCCGUCGGGAGGCGCGCUGGGCCUGCCCUCCCCGGGCCCCGACAGCCCAGACGCGGCGUCAGAGACGCGCCCGCGCCUCCGCCGGCGGCCCCGGCCUUCCGCCGGCUCCCCGGCCCGCUCCCCGGCGCACGGCCUCGGCCUGAACUUCGGCGACGCCUCGCGGCAGACUCCGCGGCUCGGCCUCUCGGCGCUGUCGGCCCCGGGGCUGCCGGGCCCCGGCCAGCCGGUGGGCCCCGGGAGCUGGGCGCCGCCGCUCGACUCCCCCGGCACGCCGUCGCCCGACGGGCCCUGGUGCUUCAGCCCCGAGGGCGCGCAGGGCACGGCCGGCGCUCGGUUCGGCCCUUUCGGCCGGGCGGGCGCGCAGGGCUCAGGGGGCGGCGACCUGCGGCGGCGGGAGGCGGCAAGGGCCGAGGCCCGGGACGCGCGGACCGGCUGGCCGGACGAGCCGGCCCCGGAGACGCAGUUUAAGCGCCGAAGCUGUCAGAUGGAGUUCGAGGAGGGCAUGGUGGAGGGGCGCGCGCGCGGCGAGGAGCUGGCGGCCCUGGGCAAGCAGGCCAGCUUCUCGGGCAGCGUGGAGGUCAUCGAGGUGUCCUGA